GACGACGGCCGAGAGACACCGCGUCGUAACCGGCUGCGGUGGAACGCUCGUCCGCGCGGCGCACUCGUGCGCCGACCGCGAUCGCGAACGCGGCACGUUCUCAGGGUCCUCUCCCCCUCGUCGCUCCGGAGUGCUCUGGAAAAGAAAAGAAAAGAAAAAGAAAAAGAAAAACAACGCACGCGGCGGAACGUUUCUCUCCCACGAGGUGUGCCCCGGGUGUGUCCAUCGGCGAGGAUCGCGCGGCGGGAAACGUAUUCAGUGUUGUAAAUCGUGCCGACGCGGCCGAAGCUGAAAGUCGCUCGAUGCUGGAGAAGAUAUAUCGUCCCUUCCGAUUGCGGAGGACGAUGCACGUCGCCCGAUGAAGGUGGGGCCGUCUGACGAGGCGUCGCGGCGCCGUGACGAUGCUGAUGAAAUAUGAGACUUCCCGCGCCGACCGGAUCUCACCGUCGUCCCCAGCACGCUCGCACCGAUGCGACUUACGACGGCCGCCGACAAGUACGUCCGACGUCCAUUGAAGAAAAAUGGGUGCCAAUCAAUCGACCCGGAGCGCGCCCACCCCCGGAGAAGAAGUGAAUUUCGAUCAUUUUCAAAUCCUACGCGCCAUUGGGAAAGGCAGCUUCGGCAAGGUCUGCAUUGUACAAAAACGUGACAGUACCGGCAAUAUGUACGCCAUGAAGUACGUACAUAAAAACGAAUGCGCGGAGCGCGGCGCUCUGAAAAAUGUAGCGAGGGAGGUGGAGAUCCUAUCGAAGUUGGAGCAUCCUUGCUUGGUGAAUUUAUGGUUCAGCUUUCAAGACGAGGAGGACCUUUUCAUGGUGUCGGAUCUACUUUUGGGUGGCGACCUGAGAUAUCAUAUCCAGCAAGAGAUCGUGUUCGGUGAGGAGAGCGUGGUGCUGUUCGUAGCAGAGAUCGCACUGGCGCUCGAUUACUUGCAAACCCACAGGAUCAUCCAUCGGGACAUCAAGCCGGACAACAUACUGCUGGAUGAAGAGGGCCACGCUCAUGUGACAGACUUCAACAUUGCAACUGUACUCGAAAGCGGGCAAUUGGCAACUUCGAUGUCUGGGACAAAACCGUAUAUAGCUCCAGAGAUUUACAUGUGUUCGUGCGAGGAAUAUGGCGUCCACGGUUACGGAUUCGCAGUGGACUGGUGGAGUCUGGGAAUCCUCGCUUGGGAAACCCUAGCCAUGGAGAGACCGUACCCACUUCACUCCACUACGUCCAACAGAGAGGCUCUGAGGAUCUUGAAGGAGGAAAGGCCUGUACCCUCACACUGGAGCCCGUCGAUACGCGAUCUCCUGGACCGCCUGUUAACUGUCGCACCGAGUACCAGAGUAUCGUGCUUGAAAGAACUGAAACAGGCGAGCGCGAUAAGGGAUCUGGACUUCGACAAGGUACUGAACAAGCAGAUAAAGCCACGCUUCACCCCACCGAAGGAUCACCUGAAUUGUGAUCCCACCUUUGAGCUCGAGGAAAUGAUAAUCGAAACGAAACCGCUGCACAAGAAGAAGAAACGCCUGGCUAAACAGAGGUCGCUCAGGGUCGAACACUCGGCGGAGGACGCCGGUGGGUUCGCCGAAGGGGCUGGAUCGAGCGUAGACACGCGGAGAUUAGCUUACAUCCCGGAAUACCGGGUGUACAAUCGCGAGCGCGAGAUCGAGAGACAGGAGAGGGAGAAGAAGGAAAAACAGUGGGAGGAGGAACUGAACACUGCCAUGAAGGGUGCCGAAGAAAGACUCAAAACAAAGCAGCAACAUCUGCCAGCCCAGCGAACCGGAAACCGACUGAGCGUCUCGACGACAAGCGUCAAAGCACGCAUAAGCGCGUCGCCGAGACAAGGUCGCCGAGCGAGCGCCGCGACGUCCUCGGACAUCGACUUCAUCGAUGCAAGUCCGGAGCCUAAAGAUUCCAAGGAGAGCGACAGGCACAUGACUCCCCCGUGGAUCCACCAGUGACUAGUAGACUUCUUCAAUCCUACAAAUGCACACGAAACUCCAACGGAUCCUUCGCACUUUUCAUAAAAAGAAAUAUCUCUCUAGCAUUCAAUUACCUCUCACACUAAAAUUUAAGACGUGAAAAGAAAUAAGGAAAAAUUCCAUUUGUAGAUGAAGUUUUUAUACUCUUCUUGAAAAGAGACAGAGAGAUACGUGACGACAUAUAUAUUACACAUGACACUUCGCUCUUAUUUUUCUAUCUAUCGCGAUUCAAUGUCGGGCGAUUUAUCUUUAACACUCUUUCCCUACACUCCUCUACAUUGGAUACUUCGCAACCGCAAUGUUUAUUUUCGAUUACGCUUCGAAACGAACUGAUCGAGAAACGCGAAUUUCAAGGCCUCCAUAUUCUUUCUGGUGCUAUGCUUUAAUAAGUAAUACUCCACAAACGGAUUCGAACGUUCGGUUUGGAUUUUUUGAGAGAAUUUUAUAGAUAGACUGAUAACACGUCGGUUAUUGCCACGAUUUGUUUUAAUUACAAUUAUUUUCAUUUGCAGUAUCUUGAAAAUGUAGAUAGCAGCUGGAGGUAACCGCUCAAGUCAAUAAAAAAUAAAAAUGACGAUUUUGAUUCUUAACAUCAAUAAAGAAUUAACUUUUAUAAUGAAAAAUCAUCGUUUUGACUUGUAUGACGUCAACAUAAAGUCAUUUUGACUUUCUCUUGACUUGGUGUGUUCUUCGGGCACACAUCAUCGAUAUAAAGCUCUAUCAGAUUCCAUAGCAGUGUGCACUUAAUCACUGUACCAGGAAACGUGCAUUUAUAAGAUUACUAUUUCGGAUUAUCCCGCAACUUCCGACUAAUAAUAGCACGAAUUUAUUUCCAAAAUAAUGAACAACGGAUCUUAUCUUCACUCGAGUAGCAAAUUUUUUUUUAUUGCUUCAAAGAUCUGGUUACGUUACGACUCUUAGAUUAGAAUGCACGCAUCCGCGAAAUGUAAUUAUAAAUUAAUCCUUUCAGUACAAAGUCAGACGUAUAUCGUACAUCUAAAACUUUUUCAACAAAAUAUCUUUCGUCUCACUGUCUUUGAAGAUCGCUAUAUAACUUUCAUGUGCGUUAUUAUCUAAAUAAUAUAUGAAAUGCUCUGCAACAUUAACUAGAAUCACAACGAUCGCGUUUAGAUGGACGUAAAAAAAAUUGUGGAUGAGAAAGGAAGAUUUUUUGAUGGUUUAAGAGCGCUAAGUGAGUCAAAUAAGUGCGAGAUAAAUUUUAAUACUUCACCUUUACCUGAUACGGUACUGAAAGGAUUGCAACGUAUAUUAAUAAUUACUUUAUUGACGGGACUGGGAACAAAAUAUGACCUACAUAUAACAAAUAUAUAUAUAUUAUAUAUAUAAAUGUUUUGUUCUAUAAAAAUAUAUGUUGUUUAG